AUGCUGGCGACCUCCGUCAACGCUUUCAAGAUCUGCUCCGGCGAAAGUUGGCCACUUGUAUGGACAACACGUAGUAGCAGAGACUACAGCAGAGACUACAGCAGAGACUACAGCAGAGACUACAGCAGAGACUACAACAGAGACUACAGCAGAGACUACAGCAGAGACUACAGCAGAGACUACAGCAGAGACUACAGCAGAGACUACAGCAGAGACUACAACAGAGACUACAGCAGAGACUACAGCAGAGACUACACCAGAGACUACAGCAGAGACUACAGCAGAGACUACAGCAGAGACUACAGCAGAGACUACAACAGAGACUACAGCAAAAACUACAGCAGAGACUACAGCAGAGACUACAGCAGAGACUACAGGUCAUAUAUUCGAGAGCCAGUGAGAUGA